AUGACCCAACUAACCGAUCCUCUCCCUCUUCAACCUGCAGAUGUCGUCUCCGAGACUGCGCGAGCCAUCGAUGACGCGAGCGAAGAACUGCGCAGAUUGAGUCUCGAGCUCUUCCACAACCCCGAAACUGCUUUCCAAGAAGUCAAAGCCAGCAAGCUCCUGUCCGACUGGCUCGAGCAGCGCGGGUGGACCGUCACACGCAGCGUCUAUGGCAUCGAGACUGCCUUCGAGGCGCGCUUCUCCGUCCAGGAGGGCGGACGCACCGUCUGCUUCAACGCCGAGUACGACGCCCUCCCCGGCGUAGGUCACGCCUGCGGCCAUAAUCUGAUCGCCACCUCCACGCUCGCAUCGGCGGUGGCUGUUGAGACCGUGAUCAGAUCCCGCAAUCUGCCCGGGACCGUCGUCGUGAUGGGCACCCCCGCCGAGGAGUCGUACGGCGGGAAGUGGAUCAUGGCGAAGAACGGCGCGUGGCGGGGCUUCGACGCCUGUGUCAUGACGCACGGGAUGCCGGACUUCAGCACGCCCGUGUGCAUGACCAAGGCCUCGUGGAAGCUGCGGGCCAAGUUCCACGGCAAGUCGGCGCAUGCGGCGGGGGCGCCGUGGACGGGGCGGAACGCCUGCGACGCCAUCGUGCAGGCGUACACGGGGAUUGCGUUGCUGAGGCAGCACAUUGAGAAGAGUGAGAGUAUCCAGGGGUGCAUUCUGGAGGCGGGGAAGGUGCCGAAUCUGAUUCCGGACUAUGCGGAGGGGAUGUUUAGUGUGCGGGCGCCGACGGUGAAGCAAAUUGAGGAACUCCGGGCGAGGGUGGAGCCUAUCUUUCACGGUGCGGCCGCUGCGACUGGGUGCACGGUCGAGUUGGAUUGGUUCGCUCUUUAUGAAGACGUCGUGACCAACGACACGCUCGCAGAGCAGUACAGGCGGUACAUGAUACAACAUCUCGGCCUAACUCCCGAGGAGAUGCUGCCCAUAGCGGCGGCGAAGAUAACCCACGAUCUGGGUGGGAGCUCGGAUUUCGGCAGCUGUUCUUACAUCUGCCCUGGCAUUCAAUCCGUCUUCAACAUCCACGCGACCGAUCUCCCCCAUUCGACAGGGUUCAGGGAAGCAGCGGAAAGUGAAAUCGGGCAUGUCGAGGCACUGCGAGCAGGAAAGGCCAACGCGCUGAUCUGCAUCGAUGUCUUGCUUAAUGACGAUUUCGCGUUGAGGAUGAAGGAGGAUUUCAACAAGGCGAUGCAAGCUGCUGGACGCUUUCAGUAG